UUAUUGUAGUGGUCUCACUGUGUAAGGAGAGCUUCUGUGUUUUGUUUUUUUUUUUCGAAAACUUUCAUUUCGAAAUAAAUCAUUUUAAAUGAGCAAUGUCUAAGAGACAUGUCGCUUAUAUAAAACCAGACGAACCUAGUUUUCUUAAAAAAUUGAAAAAAGAGGCCGGAUAUAUCGAAGGACCUACAGUAGAUACUAAACGUGAACGAUACGGAAAUAUUUCCGAAGAAGAUUUAUUAGAUACUGAAGAAGAACAACCUACCGUUGUAGUCCUGAAAACGGGGGAUCUAACAGUAGAAGAAGCCAAAUUCGAAGAAGAGAGGUUAAAGAAACGUAAGUCUAUAUUUUGAUUCAAAUUUAACUUUAACGUGUCUCAUUCACUUAAUAUAUUAGAUAAUACGACGUUUAAAUAUCAUUAUAUAUGUAUUUAAAUUUGUUUUUGUGAGUAUUGUUGAAAAAUAUCUCGUCAGCAGCUAGACGACAUUUACGACGUUGCCGAGUUUUGCAGUGAAAAAAUCUUUAAAUAUGUUGGAUUUUCAUUUAGUUGGAAAUUAGUGAAAAUAUCUAUAAUUCUAUAAUAUUUAUAAUUUAUUGAUCAUUGAUAGUUUAAAUUUCAGUAAAAAUAAUCAUUUUAUAUCGUUUUAUUGUGUACUAAUUGAUGGAUAAAUAAAUUCAUUAACAACCAUGCUAUUAAUUAUAUUUUGUUUUAUAUUUCACAUUUUCGAUUUUUCCAUUACUAUAUCGACGAAUUUUAUCGAAGUUACGUCAUAUAUGUCAAAUUAAAAAAUUCAUAUUAAACAAAUUUUCAAUUAAAAAACGAAUCAUUAGUUUCGCAGAUUAUAAACAAGAUCGUGCAACGGUGUAAUUAUGUUUCAAUAGAUUGCCGUAAUUCGGCCAUGAUCGUUAUGCGCAAUCGUAAUCGAAAAGCGCGAAUACAAACCCGCCAACUUUUCAUAUUUCAAUUUAACGCAAAACUUUGGAAUCACAAAUUUAUUUUGAAAAUUAUUUCAUGUAAAAAAUAAACCAGCGACAGGAUUAAUUUAGUAAGGAAUCGGAAAAAUAAUGGAUCUCGAUAUUUUGUUGUAAAUAUAACGCUUACACAAUUUUGUAAUUAAUUUUUCUCCACGUCGGAUAGGCUAUCAAAACGAGACGGGCUUACGCGAUACCACGUCGUCAGAGCGGUAUAGCAUAUUUUGGACACGUGAUCGUUGGAGCUCGUUGUUAAGACUUUGGAAAGGUGCUUACUCCCCUUUUUGACGAAAAUGGUUUGGUCUAUUAUACGGAACGGUAUUUUGCUUCAGCCUGGCUGGCAGAUAAAAUUUUCUUCAGCCGCCAUAUUUAAUAAAAUUGCGUUUUAUGACCUUUACAUAUAUUUUUUUUCAAGUAUAUCUACGUGAGGAUUUUUUAAGAUUUUUUUUUGGUAAAAAAUUUUAGAUACAUCUCAAUAUAUUUUUUAAAUGCAUUUAUGUCAGAUCUAUACAAGGUGAUUCAAUAAUGAAUUGUAGAUUUUAGGAUAAAAAGUAUGAAGUAUAACAUUUUCACGUAUACAGGGUGUAUGAAAUUUUAAUUGUAGUAUUUCGAAUAACUUUUUGGUGAUUUUAACGCGUUUUCACGACUUCUAUUUGAACUAAUCAAUUUUUCAAACUUAUCAUUUUCUAUUUGUUGUUUGUACUAUUUAAUUUUGACACCCUAUAAUUCACGAAACGUUUCAUUAAUUCGAGUUGAUUUCUAACAUUUCUAAUUUCGUCUAAUUUUUGUGUAGUUUUCUUAUCAAUUGAACACUCUGUAUCACGUUAAUGAUUUUAUUAUAGAAAAAGA